UUUAGUUCCUGACAUAAAACAUACCGCUGACGUCCCCAUGCUGUCCAUUGACAUGGAAAACAAGGAAAAUGGAUCUCUGGACAAAGAAAACUUGGUAGAGAAUGGAAGACCUCCUGAUCCAGCUGACUGGGCAGUUACAGAUGUGGUGAAUUAUUUCAGAACAGUGGGCUUUGAAGAACAAGCAAAUGCUUUUCAAGAGCAGGAAAUUGAUGGGAAGUCGUUACUGUUGAUGACAAGGAAUGAUGUACUCACUGGACUUUCAUUAAAAUUGGGGCCUGCAUUGAAGAUCUAUGAAUAUCAUGUAAAGCCUCUACAGACACAGCAUCUGAAGAACAGUUCGCUAUAGUGGAUUUUCAAACUGGGACUGUCUUUUAUCCCUGCUUUUCAAAAUAAAUAAGCAACAUUGGUUUUGUGGCGCUGGAACUUUAUUAAAAACAAAAACCAAACCUGUAUGUGUCCAUAAUGAAAUUAAACCAAAUGGCACUGAUAUAAAUAUAUUUAUAUUUAUACAUAUCCUGUUGGAUACCUUUAGCAAUAUGCUACUUUAAUAAUUGAAAUGGUAAAGAGUAGAAUUUCUCACUAUUCAAACAAAACAUCAGUUCAGUAUGCUUCUUUUUCAUGACUCCAUGGGAUCACA